GAAUGAUGGAGAUUGACCCUCCUGUCUAUCACUUGGACAAUCUCGACAACGGGACAAUCUCGACGACGACACAAUCGGACCAGUGCUGAUCUUGGCACCCAAUCCACAUUACUCCACAUCGUCUUUAUACCAUUCACCAAUCAAACCACACUCUCGCUCUCAAAAUGGCAACCGACGCAUGCUCCAAGCUUGCUCCCGUCGUCUCGGACUAUACUCCCCAGGGAACGUGGGACACAGUUGCUGGCUUGAAGACCUACACAACCGGCCCACCAAACCCCACCCGGGCCAUAAUCGACAUCUACGACAUCUUCGGCGCCGCGCCGCAAACCCUCCAAGGUGCAGACCGUCUCUCCUCUGCGCUCAACUGCCUGGUUCUCGUCCCGGACUUCUUCAACGGCACGCCUUGCAACCCGGCGUGGGUGCCCCCCGACACGGACGAGAAGAAGGCCGCUUUGGGGCAGUGGCGUGCCGAGCGGGCGGACGCCGAAGCCAAUCUAGCCAAGGUGCUCGAGGUACGCAAGGAGGCGGGUGAGAAGUGGAAGAGUGUAGGUGAGAGGUGGGGCGUUUUUGGGCUUUGUUGGGGAGGGAAGUUGAGUGUCCUUGUUUGUGGGGAGGGGAAUGAGGGAGAGGGGAGGAUAUUUGUGGUUGGGGGAACGGCACAUCCUAGUCGCGUCGAUGCUCGGGAUGCUGAGGCGCUGACGGUACCUUAUAUCUGCUUGGCUUCCCCUGGUGAGCCGGUGGAUGUCAUUGCGCAAUAUAAAGAAAUACUGUCUAAGCCUGGUAAGAUUGGUCAUGUUGAAACCUACGAGACUAUGUUCCACGGGUGGAUGGGAGCAAGAUCCAAAUUGGACGAUGAGAAGAACAGAAGCGAGUAUGAAAGAGGGUACAAACAGAUUGCGGAGUUCCUCUCGAAGUAUCUGUGAGUUUGGCCUGAACUUGAUCAGCAUACUCGGAAAUCUUUACAAGUAUAAGUAUUGCUGACAUCUGUAUUUUGUCUCUUUACUCAUGAAUCAGUCGAAAGUACAUUGUGCUUAAUUAAUGACCAAAUCAAGCUGCGUCUCAGGACUGCCAUGGUCUUGGACCUUCUUAGACCGUGUGAACAUGAAAAUAC